AUGAUUUCCUGGGAGAUUGUCCGCACAGUAUUCCUGUUCGCUCUUCUUUAUUCUUCCCUAGCUCAAGAUGCUAGCCCCCAGUCUGAGAGCAGGGCCGAGGAAAUUCCCGAGGGGGCCUCCACUUUGGCUUUUGUGUUUGAUGUGACUGGUUCUAUGUAUGAUGAUUUAGUUCAGGUUAUCGAAGGGGCUUCAAAAAUUUUGGAGACAUCUUUGAAAAGACCUAAGAGACCUCUUUUCAACUUUGCUUUGGUGCCUUUCCAUGAUCCAGAAAUUGGCCCAGUUACAAUUACCACUGAUCCCAAGAAAUUUCAGUAUGAACUCAGAGAGCUCUAUGUUCAGGGUGGUGGUGACUGUCCAGAAAUGAGCAUUGGAGCUAUAAAAAUUGCCUUGGAAAUUUCUCUUCCUGGCUCUUUCAUCUAUGUUUUCACUGAUGCACGAUCCAAAGAUUACCGGCUCGUCAAUGAGGUGCUGCAGCUUAUCCAGCAGAAACAGUCACAAGUAGUGUUUGUUCUCACUGGAGACUGCGAUGACAGGAGUCACAUUGGAUAUAAAGUCUACGAAGAAAUUGCUUCUACAAGUUCUGGUCAAGUAUUUCAUCUGGACAAAAAACAAGUUAAUGAGGUGCUAAAAUGGGUGGAAGAAGCAGUGCAGGCCUCCAAAGUUCACCUCUUAUCCACAGAUCAUUUGGAACAGGCAGUGAACAUUUGGCAAAUUCCUUUUGAUCCCAGCCUAAAAGAGGUUACUGUGUCUCUGAGUGGCCCCUCUCCAGUUAUUGAAAUUCGUAAUCCUUUAGGAAAGCUGAUAAAAAAGGGAUUUGGCUUGAAUGAGCUCUUAAAUAUCCAUAAUUCUGCCAAGGUGGUGAAUGUAAAAGAGCCAGAAGCUGGAAUGUGGACAGUGAAGACUUCGAGCAGUGGAAGGCAUUCUGUUCGCAUUACUGGUCUCAGUACUAUUGAUUUCCGAGCUGGCUUUUCCCGAAAGCCCACCCUGGACUUCAAAAAAACAGUCAGCAGACCAGUGCAAGGAAUACCUACUUAUGUGCUGUUGAAUACUUCUGGAAUUUCUGUUCCAGCUAGAGUAGAUCGUCUUGAACUUCUGAGUAUCUCAGGCAGACCUCUUAAGACUAUGCCUGUUAAAUAUUACCCAGAUCAAAAGCCUUAUGGCUUAUGGAAUAUUUCCGACUUCAUUCCACCAAACGAAGCUUUCUUUCUUAAGGUCACAGGCUAUGAUAAGGACGAUUAUCUCUUCCAGCGAGUCUCAAGUGUUUCCUUCUCUAGCAUUGUCCCAGAUGCACCCAAAGUUAUGAUGCCUAAGAAAACACCAGGAUACUACUUGCAGCCAGGCCGAAUUUCCUGCUCUGUUGAGAGUCUUUUGCCUUUUACUUUGAGCUUUGUCAGAAAUGGAGUAACACUUGGAGUAGACCAGUAUUUAAAAGAAUCAACCAGUGUGAACUGGGAUAUUGAACAAGUCACUUUGUCUGAUGAAGGCUCCUAUGAGUGCAUUGCCAUCAGCAAUGCGGGGACUGGACGAUCACAGACUUUCUUUGAUGUAUCAGAGCCCCCUCCUGUCAUCCAAGUGCCUAAUAAUGUUACAAUCACUCCUGGAGAAAGAGCAGUUUUGACAUGUCUCGUCGUCAGUGCAGUGAACUUCAAUCUAACCUGGCAGAAGAAUGACAGAGAUAUCAAACUUGCAGACCCAGUGAGAAUUCGGGUCUUGGCUAACCUCUCCUUGGAACUCAGGAAUGUCAAAUUCAACGAUGCUGGAGAGUAUCGCUGUAUGGCUUCCAGUGAAGGAGGAUCAUCAACUGCUUCAGUGUUCCUCAUAGUACAAGAACCACCCAAAGUCACUGUGAUGCCCAAGAAUCAGUCUUUCACAGGAGGGUCUGAGGUCUCCAUCAUGUGUUCAGUAACAGGUUAUCCCAAACCAAAGAUCUCCUGGACCUUGAACAAUAUGUUUAUCAUGGGUUCACACAGGUAUAGAAUGACCUCAGAUGGUACCUUAUUUAUCAAAAAUGCAGUUCCCAAAGAUGCAGGGAUAUAUGGCUGCAUGGCAAGUAAUUCAGCUGGGAUAGAUGAACAGACGUCUACCCUUAGAUACAUUGAAGCCCCCAAAUUGAUGGUAGUUCAAAGUGAGCUCUUGGUUGCCCUUGGAGACACAACAGUUUUGGAAUGUAAAACCUCUGGUGUUCCCCCACCUCAAGUCAGAUGGUUCAAGGGAGAUCUUGAGUUAAGGCCCUCAACAUUUCUUAUUAUUGAGCCUCUUUUGGGACGUUUGAAGAUUCAAGAAACCCAGGAUCUGGAUGCUGGUGAUUAUACAUGCAUAGCCAUCAAUGAUGCUGGAAGAGCAACUGGCAAGAUAACACUGGAUGUUGGCUCACCUCCAGUUUUCAUACAAGAACCUACUGAUGUGUCUAUGGACAUUGGCUCAAAUGUGACAUUACCCUGCUAUGUUCAGGGUUAUCCAGAACCAAGAAUCAAAUGGCGAAGAUUAGAUAAUAUACCACUUUUCUCAAGACCAUUUUCAGUUAGCUCCAUCAGCCAACUAAGAACAGGAGCCCUUUUUAUUUUAAAUUUAUGGGCAAGCGAUAAAGGAACCUAUAUUUGUGAAGCUGAAAACCAGUUUGGAAAGAUCCAAUCCCAGACAACAAUAACAGUGACAGGACUUGUUGCUCCCCUUAUUGGAAUUAGCCCUUCAGUGGCCAAUGUAAUUGAAGGACAGCAACUUACUUUGCCUUGUAACUUACUGGCUGGGAAUCCCCUUCCAGAACGGCGGUGGAUUAAGAAUUCAGCCAUGUUGGUCCAAAAUCCUUACAUCACUGUGCGCAGUGAUGGGAGCCUCCAUAUUGAAAGAGUUCGUCUUCAGGACGGCGGCGAAUAUACGUGCGUGGCUAGUAAUGUUGCAGGAACCAAUAACAAAACCACCACUGUGAACGUGCAUGUUCUGCCAACCAUUCAGCAUGGGCAGCAGAUACUCAGUACAAUUGAAGGUGUUCCAGUAACUUUACCUUGCAAAGCAAGUGGAAUUCCUAGACCAUCCAUCAUCUGGUCCAAGAAAGGAGAGCUGAUUUCCACCAGCAGUGCUAAGUUUUCUGCUGGUGCUGAUGGAAGUCUGUACGUGGUGUCACCAGGAGGUGAAGAGAGUGGGGAGUAUGUCUGCACCGCCACCAAUGCAGCGGGCUAUGCCAAGAGGAAAGUGCAGCUGACUGUCUAUGUCCGACCCAGAGUGUUUGGAGACCAACUAGGACUAUCACAGGAGAAACCUGUUGAGAUCUCAGUCAUUGCAGGGGAAGAGGUGACACUCCCAUGUGAAGUGAAGAGCUUACCUCCCCCCAUAAUUACGUGGGCCAGAGAGACCCAGCUUAUCUCUCCAUUCUCACCAAGACACACGUUCCUCCCUUCUGGUUCGAUGAAGAUCACUGAAACCCGCAUUUCAGAUAGUGGGAUGUAUCUUUGUGUUGCCACAAACAUUGCUGGGAAUGUGACUCAGGCUGUUAAGCUAAAUGUCCAUGUUCCUCCAAAGAUUCAGCGUGGCCCUAAACUUAUGAAAGUCCAGGUUGGUCAAAGAGUGGAUAUCCUAUGUCAUGCUCAAGGAACGCCUUCUCCUGUAAUCACCUGGUUUAAAGGUGGCAGGGCUGUGGUUGUUGAUGGAGUGGGGCAUAUUAGUGAUCCAGAUGGAACAUUAAGCAUUGACCAAGCCACGCUCUCAGAUGCUGGUGUCUAUACAUGUAUUGCUACUAACAUAGCAGGCAGUGAUAAAACGGAGAUAACGCUACACGUCCAAGAACCACCUAUACUGGAAGAUCUUGAACCUCCAUAUAACAAUCCAUUCCAAGAAAGAGUGGUCAAUCAACGCAUUGCAUUUCCAUGCCCUGCAAGAGGUAUCCCCAAACCGACCAUCAAAUGGCUACGUAAUGGUAGACAGUUGACAGGCAGAGAACCGGGUAUUUCCAUCUUGGAAGAUGGCACAUUAUUGGUCAUCACUUCAGUUACACCAUAUGACAAUGGGGAGUACAUCUGUGUGGCAGUCAAUGAAGCUGGAACCACAGAAAGAAAAUAUAAUCUCCAAGUACAUGUUCCUCCAGUAAUAAAAGAUAAAGAGCAAGUAGCAAAUGUGUCAGUUUUGCUACAUCAGGGGACCAAUCUCUUUUGUGAAGUUGAAGGUACUCCAUCCCCCAUCAUUAUGUGGUUUAAAGAUGAUGUCCAGGUGACUGAAAAUAGCAUCAUUCAGAUUGUGAAUAAUGGGAAGACAUUAAAGCUCUUUAAAGCCACUCCAGAUGAUGCAGGAAGAUAUUCCUGUAAAGCCAUUAAUAUUGCAGGCACUUCUCAGAAGUACUUUAACAUUGAUGUGCUAGUUCCACCCACCAUAAUAGGUGCCAACUCUCCAAACGAAGUCUCAGUUGUCCUCCACCAUGACACUACUCUUGAAUGCCAGGUCAAAGGAACUCCCUUCCCUGUUAUUAACUGGUUCAAAGAUGGCAAGCCUUUGUUUUUGGGAGACCCAAAUAUUGAACUUCUAGACAGAGGACAAACUUUACAUCUAAAGAAUGCACGAAGAAGUGACAAGGGACGUUACCAGUGUGCAGUGUCUAAUGCAGCUGGCAAACAAGCCAAGGAUAUAAAACUGACUAUCUAUAUACCACCCAGCAUUAAAGGAGGAAAUGUCACCACAGAAAUAUCAGUGUUGAUCAAUAGUGUAAUUAAACUGGAAUGUGAAACACGGGGACUUCCAGGACCUGCUGUUACGUGGUAUAAGGAUGGUCAGCCAAUCAUAUCCAGCUCACAAGCACUGUAUAUUGAUAAAGGACAAUUUCUCCAGAUCCAUCGAGCGCAAGUCUCUGACUCAGCAACAUAUACAUGUCAUGUAACCAAUGUUGCUGGAACUGCUGAAAAAUCAUUCCAUGUGGAUGUCUAUGUUCCCCCAAUGAUUGAAGGUGACUUGACUAUACCACUGAGUAAACAAGUGAUUGUUGAUCAUUCCCUGACAUUGGAGUGCAAAGCUGCUGGCAACCCUCCUCCUGUUCUUACCUGGUUAAAAGAUGGUGUACCUGUGAAGGCCAAUAACAACAUCCGCAUAGAAGCUGGUGGAAAGAAACUUGAAAUCACGAAUGCCCUAGAAGUCGAUCGGGGGCAAUACGUAUGUGUAGCCACCAGUGUGGCAGGAGAAAAGGAAAUCAAAUACGAAGUUGAUGUCUUAGUGCCACCAUCUGUAGAAGGAGGAGAUGAAACAUCUUACUUCAUUGUGAUGGUUAAUAACUUGCUGGAACUAGAUUGUUCAGUGACAGGCUCACCCCCACCAACUAUCAUGUGGCUCAAGGAUGGUCAGCCAGUUGAUGAAAGGGGUGGAUUCAAGAUUUUACUGAAUGGACGCAAAUUGGUUAUUGGCCAGGCUCAAGUGUCAGACACAGGCCUUUAUCGCUGUGUAGCAACGAACACUGCUGGAGAUCACAAGAAGGAAUUUGAAGUGACUGUUCAUGUUCCCCCAACAAUCAAGUCCCCAGGCCUUUCUGAGAGAGCCGUGGUGAGAUACAAGCCUGUCACCUUGCAGUGCAUAGCCAAUGGCAUUCCAAAUCCAUCUAUUACAUGGUUAAAAGAUGGCCAGCCUGUGAACACUGCCCAAGGAAACCUCAAAAUACAGUCUUCUGGUCGAAUUCUACAAAUUGCCAAAGCCCUGUUGGAAGAUGCUGGCAGAUACACAUGCGUGGCUACCAAUGCGGCUGGAGAAACACAACAGCACAUUCAACUUCAUGUUCAUGAACCACCCAGUCUGGAGGAUGCAGGGAAGAUGCUGAAUGAGACCGUGGUAGUGAACAACCCCAUCCAACUGGAGUGUAAGGCAGCUGGAAAUCCUUUGCCUGCUAUUACAUGGUAUAAAGAUGGUCGUCCACUCUCAAGUUCCAGUGUGUCAUUCUUAAACAGAGGACAGAUUAUUGAUAUCGAAAGUGCCCAGAUCUCAGAUGCUGGCAUAUAUAAAUGUGUGGCCAUUAACUCAGCUGGAGCUACAGAGUUAUUUUACAGUCUCCAGGUCCAUGUGCCCCCAUCGAUUUCGGGCAGCAGUAACAUGGUGGCAGUGGUGAUUAAUAAUCUGGUGAGGUUAGAAUGUGAAGCCAGAGGUAUCCCCGCUCCAAGUCUCACCUGGUUAAAAGAUGGGAGCCCGGUGUCUAGUUUCGCUAAUGGAAUUCAGGUUCUCUCUGGGGGUCGCAUCCUAGCCUUGACUAGCACUCAAAUCAGUGAUUCGGGGAGAUACACCUGUGUGGCAGUGAAUGCUGCUGGGGAGAAGCAAAGGGAUAUUGACCUCAGAGUGUAUGUACCUCCAAACAUUAUGGGAGAAGAACAGAACAUCUCUAUCCUCAUUAGCCAAGCUGUGGAGUUACUGUGUCAGAGUGAUGCUAUUCCCCCACCUGCUCUGACUUGGUUAAAAGAUGGCCGUCCUUUAUUGAAGAAACCAGGUCUCAGUAUUUCUGGAAAUGGAAGUGUGCUGAAGAUUGAAGAUGCUCAAGUACAGGACACUGGUCGUUAUACUUGUGAGGCAACAAAUGUUGCUGGAAAAACUGAAAAAAACUAUAAUGUCAACAUCUGGGUACCACCAAAUAUUUAUGGUUCUGAUGAACUUACUCAACUUACAGUUAUUGAAGGGAAUCUCAUUAGUCUGUUGUGUGAAUCUAAUGGUAUUCCACCUCCAAAUCUUACUUGGAAGAAGAAAGUUCGUCCAACUAUAUCCAAUAGUGGCAACCACCCUACUGAAGUGACUGUGACUCGAGGGAAGAGUACUUCCUUGGAAUGUGAAGUGCAGGGCAUUCCUCAACCAGCAGUGACCUGGAUGAAAGAUGGCCACCCCUUGGUCAAGGGAAAAGGAGUGGAAAUACUGAGUGAAGGUCGUAUCCUUAAGUUGAGGAACAUUCAUGUAUCUGACACAGGCCGAUAUGUGUGUGUAGCUGUGAAUGUAGCAGGAAUGACUGACAGGAAAUACGACUUAAGUGUACACGCACCUCCGAGCAUCACAGGGCUUCGUGGGACACCUGAAAAUAUCAGUGUGUUAGAAAAGAACUCAGUGUCCCUGAUUUGUGAAGCUUCAGGAAUUCCCCUGCCUUCAAUAACCUGGCUUAAAGAUGGGUGGCCUGUCAGUCUUAGCAGUUCUGUGAGAAUACUCUCAGGAGGUAGGACUCUACGAUUGAUGCAGACCAGAACAGAGGAUGCUGGCCGGUAUACUUGUAUCGUCAGGAAUGCAGCUGGUGAAGAAAGAAAAAUCUUUGGGCUUUCAGUAUUAGUCCCACCCCAUAUUGUGGGUGAGAAUAUGUUGGAAGAUGUGAAGGUAAAAGAGAAAGACAACAUUACAUUGACUUGUGAAGUGACAGGAAAUCCAGUACCUGAAAUAACAUGGCACAAAGAUGGGCAGCUCCUCCAAGAAGAUGAGAGCCACCAAAUUAUAUCUGGUGGCCGCUUUCUUCAAAUCACCAAUGCCCAAGUGUUACACACUGGACGAUAUACAUGCUUUGCUUCUAACUCAGCUGGUGACAAGAGCAAAAGUUUUAGUCUUAAUGUGCUUGUGUCUCCUACAAUUGCUGGUGUGGAUAGAGAUGGAAGCCCUGAAGAUGUCACUGUUAUUCUUAACAACCCCACUUCUUUGGUCUGUGAAGCUUACUCAUAUCCUCCAGCUACCAUCACCUGGUUUAAAGAUGGAGCUCCUUUAGAAUCAAAUCGAAAUAUUAGGAUUCUUCCAGGAGGCAGGACUCUGCAGAUUCUAAAUGCACAGGAGGACAAUGCAGGAAGAUACUCUUGUGUAGCUACUAAUGAGGCUGGAGAAAUGAUAAAGCACUAUGAAGUGAAAGUUUACAUUCCACCUAUAAUAAGUAAAGGAGACCUCUUGGGGCCAGGCCUUUCUCCUAAAGAAGUGAAGAUCAAAGUAAACAACACAUUGACCUUGGAAUGUGAAGCUUAUGCAAUUCCUUCUGCAUCCCUCAGCUGGUACAAGGAUGGACAGCCCCUUCAAUCAGAUGAUCAUGUUAAUAUUGCCGCAAAUGGACACACACUUCAAAUAAAGGAGGCUCAAAUAUCAGACACUGGACGAUAUACUUGUGUAGCAUCUAACAUUGCAGGUGAAGAUGAACUGGAUUUUGAUGUAAAUAUACAAGUUCCUCCAAGUUUUCAAAAACUCUGGGAAAUAGGAAACAUGCUUGAUACAGGCAGGAGUGGUGAAGCCAAGGAUGUGAUCAUCAACAACCCCAUUUCUCUGUAUUGUGAGACAAAUGCCUCACCUCCUCCAACCUUGACAUGGUACAAAAACGGGCAACCUCUGGCCUCCAGUGAUAGAGUCCUGAUUUUACCAGGAGGGCGAGUGUUGCAGAUUCCUCGGGCUAAACUAGAAGAUGCUGGCAGAUAUACAUGUGUGGCUGUGAAUGAGGCUGGAGAAGAUUCCCUUCAGUAUGACGUCCGUGUACUCUUGCCACCAAUUAUCAAGGGAGCUAACAGUGACCUUCCCGAAGAGGUAACGGUGCUGGUGAACAAGAAUGCAGUGAUGGAGUGUGUAUCCAGUGGCAGCCCAGCUCCAAGGAAUUCCUGGCAAAAAGAAGGGCAGCCUUUGUUUGAAGAUGACCAUCAUAAAUUCCUAUCUAAUGGAAGAAUUUUGCAGAUUCUAAAUACUCAAAUAACAGAUACCGGCAGGUAUGUGUGUGUUGCUGAGAACACAGCUGGAAGCACCAAAAAAUAUUUUAACCUCAAUGUUCAUGUUCCUCCAAGUGUCAUUGGUCCUAACCCUGAAAAUGUGACUGUUGUUGUGAACAAUUUCAUCUCUCUGACGUGUGAGGUGUCUGGUUUUCCACCUCCUGAUCUCAGCUGGCUCAAGAAUGAGCAUCCCAUGAACCCAAACACAAAUGCUCUCAUUGUGCCUGGUGGUCGAACUCUACAAAUUAUUCGGGCCAAGGUAUCUGAUGGUGGUGAAUAUACUUGUAUAGCUAUCAACCAAGCUGGUGAAAGCAAGAAAAAAGUUUCUUUGACUGUUUAUGUGCCUCCAAGCAUUAAAGAUCAUGGCAGUGAGUCUCUUUCUGUAAUUAAUGUAAGAGAAGGAAUUUCAGUGUCCAUGGAGUGUGAGUCAAAUGCUGUUCCACCUCCAGUCAUCACUUGGUAUAAGAAUGGGCGGAUGUUAACAGAGUCUACUCACUUGGAGAUUUUAUUAGAUGGACAAAUGCUGCACAUCAAGAAAGCUGAGGUAUCUGACACAGGCCAGUAUGUAUGUAGAGCUAUAAAUGUAGCAGGACGGGAUGAUAAAAAUUUCCACCUCAAUGUAUAUGUUCCACCCAGUAUUGAAGGUCCUGAAGAUGAAGUGGUUGUUGAGACAAUCAGUAAUCCUGUGACCCUAACAUGUGAUGCCACAGGGAUCCCACCUCCCACAAUAGCAUGGUUAAAAAACAACAAGGCCAUAGAAAAUUCUGGUUCACUUGAAGUUCAUAUUUUGUCUGGAGGUAGCAAACUCCAAAUUGCCCGGUCUCAGUUUUCAGAUAGUGGAAACUAUACAUGCAUUGCAUCAAAUAUGGAGGGAAAGGCACAGAAAAAUUACGUUCUUUCAAUUCAAGUUCCUCCAAGUGUUGUUGGGGCUGAAAUGCCAAGUGAAGUCAGUGUUCUUGUAGGAGAAAAUGUUGAGCUGGUGUGCAAGGCAAAUGGUAUACCUACUCCAGUUAUUCAGUGGCUUAGAGAUGGAAACCCCAUAACCAGUGCUGAAGCAAAAAUACGGGUGACUCCAGAUGGCAGCACAUUAAACAUUUACAACACUCUCAAAACUGACAUGGGGAAAUACACUUGUGUUGCUACUAAUCCUGCUGGAGAAGAGGACCGAAUUUUUAAUUUGAAUGUCUAUGCUCCACCUGUAAUCAGGGGUAAUAAAGAAGAAUCAGAAAAAAUAAUGACUAUGUUGGAUACUUCAAUUAAUAUUGAAUGCAGAGCCACGGGGUCACCUCCACCACAAAUAAACUGGCUAAAAAAUGGACUCCCACUGCCUCUCUCCUCCCAUAUCCGACUAUUGUCAGGAGGGCACAUUAUCAGGAUUGUGAGAGCUCAGGUGUCUGAUGUCGGUGUGUACACUUGUGUGGCCUCCAAUAGAGCUGGGGUGGAUAAUAAGCAUUACAGCCUUCAAGUUUUGGUACCACCAAAUAUGGAUAAUGCAAUGGGAACAGAAGAAAUCACGGUCAUCAAAGGCAACCCUACCUCAAUGACAUGCUUUACAGAUGGGACUCCAACUCCCAGUAUGUCCUGGCUUAGAGAUGGCCAGUCUCUGGAUCUUGAUUCCCAUCUGAUGGUAAACACUCAAGGAAUGGUCCUUCAGUUCAUUAAAGCGGAGACUGAAGAUUCGGGAAGGUACGCCUGCAUUGCUUCAAAUGAAGCUGGAGAAGUCAGUAAACACUUUAUCCUGAGAGUCCUAGAGCCACCUCAUAUUAAUGGAUCUGAAGAACCUGAAGAGAUAUCUGUAAUUGUUAAUAAUCCACUUGAACUUACCUGCACUGCUUCUGGAAUCCCAGCUCCUAAAAUUAUGUGGAUGAAAGAUGGACGGCCCCUUCUACAGACCGAUCAGGUGCAAACUCUGAGAGAAGGGGAGGUUCUACAAAUAUCUACUGCUCAGGUGGAGGAUACAGGAAGAUAUACCUGUCUGGCAUCCAGUCCCGCAGGAGAUGAUGAUAAAGAAUAUUUAGUGAGAGUGCACGUACCCCCUAAUAUUGCGGGAACAGAUGAGCCCCAGGAUGUCACUGUAUUACAGAAUAGACAAGUAACUUUGGAAUGCAAAUCAGAUGCAGUGCCCCCACCUAUAGUCACUUGGCUCAAAAAUGGUGAACAACUACAGGCAACACCUCGAGUGCGAAUCCUAUCUGGAGGGAGAUAUUUUCAAAUUAAUAAUGCUGAUCUAGGGGAUACUGCCAAUUAUACCUGUGUUGCCAGCAACAUUGCAGGAAAGACUACAAGAGAAUUUAUUCUCACUGUAAAUGUUCCUCCAAACAUAAAGGGUGGUCCCCAGAGUCUUGUCAUCUCCUUAAAUAAGUCAAUUGCAUUGGAAUGCCUUGCUGAAGGUGUGCCAACCCCAAGAAUAACUUGGAGAAAGGAUGGAGUUGUUCUAACUGGAAAUCAUGCAAGAUAUGCUGUCUUGGAAAAUGGGUUCCUUCUCAUCCAGUCAGCUCAUGUCAUGGAUGCAGGACGGUAUUUGUGUAUGGCUACCAAUGCUGCUGGAACAGACCGCCGGCGAAUAGAUUUACAGGUCCAUGUUCCUCCAUCUAUUGCUCCUGGUCCUGCCAACAUAACUGUAACAGUAAAUGUUCAAACUACUCUGGCCUGUGAGGCUACUGGAAUACCAAAACCAUCAAUCAAUUGGAGAAAAAACGGGCAUCUUCUUAGUGUGGAUCAAAAUCAGAAUUCAUACAGACUUCUGUCUUCAGGUUCACUAGUAAUUAUUUCCCCUUCUGUGGAUGAUACUGCAACCUAUGAGUGCACUGUGACAAAUGAUGCUGGAGAGGAUCAGAGAAUCAUGGAUCUCACUGUACAAGUUCCACCAUCCAUAGCUGAUGAGCCUACAAACUUCCUAGUAACCAAACACACCUCAACAGUGAUUACCUGCACUGCUUCAGGAGUUCCAUUUCCCUCAAUCCACUGGACCAAAAAUGGUAUAAGACUUCUUCCCAGGGGAAAUGGCUACAGAAUUCUGUCUUCAGGAGCAAUUGAAAUAUUUGCCACCCAAUUGGACCAUACUGGAAGGUAUACUUGCAUUGCCAGAAAUGCAGCUGGUUCGGCUCAUCGACAUGUGACCCUUCAUGUCCAGGAACCUCCAGUCAUUCAGCCUCAGCCAAGUGAACUAGAUGUCAUUCUAAACAAUCCCAUUUUAUUACCAUGUGAAGCAACAGGGACACCCAGUCCUUUCAUUACUUGGCAAAAAGAAGGCAUCAAUGUUGUCACUUCAGGUAAAAAACAUGCAGUUCUUCCAAAUGGCGGCUUACAGAUCUCAAGAGCAGUCAGAGAGGAUGUUGGGACUUACAUGUGUGUGGCUCAGAAUGCAGCUGGUACAGCCUUGGGCAAAAUUAAGUUAAAUGUUCAAGUUCCUCCAACAAUUAGCCCCCAUCCAAAGGAAUAUAUCACUGCUGUGGAUAAGCCUAUCAUGCUACCAUGUGACACAGAUGGCUUCCCACCACCUGACAUUACAUGGCAUAAAGAUGGGCAUGCAGUUAUGGAAUCAAUCCGCCAGCGCAUUCUCAAUUCUGGAGCUCUACAGAUAGCAUUUGCUCAGCCUGAUGAUGCUGGCCAGUACACAUGCAUGGCAGCAAAUGUGGCAGGAUCAAGCAGUGCCAACACCAAACUUACUGUCCAUAUACCACCCAGAAUCCGUAGUACAGAAGUACAUUAUACGGUCAAUGAAAAUUCACAAGCCGUUCUUCCAUGCAUGGCUGAUGGGAUUCCCACACCUACCAUUAUCUGGAAAAAAGACAAUGUUCCUUUAGCUGACUUGUUAGGAAAAUAUACUGCUGAACCAUAUGGAGAACUCAUUUUGGAAAAUGUUGUGCCGGAGGACUCUGGCACCUAUACCUGUGUUGCUAACAAUGCUGCAGGUGAAGACGCACACACUGUCAGCCUGACUGUAUAUGUUCUCCCCACUUUCACUGAACUUCCUGGAGAUGUGUCAUUAAAUAAAGGAGAACAACUACGAUUAAGCUGUAAAGCCACUGGUGUUCCAUUGCCCAAGUUAACAUGGACUUUCAAUAACAACAUCAUUCCAGCCCACUUUGACAGUGUGAAUGGACACAGUGAACUUGUUAUUGAAAGAGUGUCAAAGGAAGAUUCAGGUACUUACGUGUGCACUGCAGAGAACAGCGUUGGCUUUGUGAAGGCUAUUGGAUUUGUUUAUGUAAAAGAACCUCCAGUCUUCAAAGGUGAUUACCCUUCCAACUGGAUUGAGCCACUUGGUGGUAAUGCAAUCCUCAAUUGUGAGGUAAAAGGAGACCCAGCCCCAACCAUUCAAUGGAGCAGAAAGGGGGUGGACAUUGAAAGAAGUCACAGAAUCCGGCAACUCGGCAAUGGCUCCCUGGCCAUCUAUGGCACUGUAAAUGAUGAUGCCGGUGAUUAUACAUGUGUAGCUACCAACGAGGCUGGGGUGGUGGAGCGCAGCAUGAGUCUGACUCUGCAAAGUCCUCCUACUAUCAUUCUUGAACCAGUGGAAACUGUUAUCAAUGCCGGUGGCAAAAUCAUAUUGAAUUGUCAGGCAAUUGGAGAGCCUAGUCCAACUAUUUCGUGGUCCCGUCAAGGGCGGUUUAUCCACUGGGAUGACCGAAUUAAUGUGUUGUCCAACAAUUCUUUAUAUAUUGCUGCUGCUCACAAAGAUGAUACCUCUGAAUAUGAAUGUGUUGCUCGAAACUUGAUGGGUUCUGUUCUUGUCAGGGUACCUAUCAUUGUACAGGUUCAUGGUGGGUUUUCCCAAUGGUCUACAUGGCGAUCCUGCAGUGUUACCUGUGGUAAAGGUAUCCAAAAGAGGAGUCGUCUGUGCAACAACCCCCUUCCAGCCAAUGGUGGGAAGCCUUGCCAAGGUUCAGAUUCGGAAAUGCAAAACUGUCUAAAUAAACCAUGCCCAGUGGAUGGCAGUUGGUCAGAAUGGAGUUCUUGGGAAGAAUGCACAAGGAGCUGUGGACGUGGCAACCGCACCAGGACUAGAACUUGCAAUAAUCCAUCAGUGCAACAUGGUGGACGGCCAUGUGAAGGGAAUGCUGUGGAAAUAAUCAUGUGCAAUAUUAGGCCUUGCCCAGUUCAUGGAGCAUGGAGCAGUUGGCAACCUUGGGGUUUGUGCAGUGAAAGUUGUGGGAAAGGUACCCAGGUGAGAAUGAGGUUGUGCAAUAACCCCCCACCAUCAUUUGAUGGAUCCUACUGUAAUGGAGCAGAAACACAGAUGAAACUUUGCAACGAAAGACACUGUCCAGUUGAUGGCAAGUGGGCAACAUGGGCCAGUUGGAGUUCCUGCACUGUAUCCUGUGGAGGAGGUGCCAGGCAGAGAACGAGAGGCUGUUCUGACCCAGCCCCCCAGUAUGGAGGAAGCAAAUGUGAAGGCAGUGAUGUCCAGAGUGAUUUUUGCAAUAGUGACCCUUGUCCAACUCAUGGUAACUGGAGUCCUUGGAGUAGCUGGGGGAUGUGCAGCCGGACGUGUAAUGGAGGGCAAAUGCGGCGGUACCGCGCAUGUGACAACCCUCGUCCCUCCAACGGAGGGAGAGCUUGUGGGGGGCCAGACUCUCAGAUCCAGAGAUGCAACACUGACACGUGUCCUGUGGAUGGAAGUUGGGGAAACUGGCAUAGUUGGAGCCGGUGCUCUACCUCUUGUGGAGGAGGUGAAAAGACUCGAAAACGGCUGUGCAACAAUCCAGUGCCAUCUAGAAAUGGUCGCCAAUGUGCAGGAGAUGCUACUCAGGUAUCCAGAUGCAAUAUACAAGCAUGUCCAGGUGGGCCACAGCGAGCCAGAGGAAGUGUUAAUGGAAAUAUUAAUGAUGUUGAAUUUGGAAUAGCUUUCCUUAAUGCUACAGUAACAGAUAGUCCUAACUCUGAUACUAGAAUAAUACAUGCUGAAAUUACCAAUGUGCCUCGUAGUCUUGGUCCAGCAAUGAGAAAGAUAGUUUCUAUUUUAAAUCCCAUAUAUUGGACAACAGCAAAGGAAAUAGGAGAAGCAGUCAACGGCUUUACCCUCACAAAUGCAAUCUUCAAGAGAGAAACCCAAGUAGAAUUUGCAACUGGAGAGAUCUUGCGGAUGACACAUAUUGCCAGGGGCUUAGACUCUGAUGGUGCUUUGCUGUUAGAUAUCAUUGUGAGUGGCUAUGUUCUGCAGCUUCAGUCACCUGCUGAUGUCACUGUAAAGGAUUACACAGAGGACUACAUUCAAACAGGUCCUGGGCAGUUGUAUGCCUACUCAACCCGGUUGUUCAGCAUUGAUGGCAUCAGCGUCCCAUACACAUGGAACCACACCAUUUACUAUGACCAGGCACGUGGAAGGAUGCCUUUCUUGGUGGAAACACUUCAUGCAUCCUCUGUGGAAUCUGACUACAACCAGUUAGAAGAGACUUUGGGUUUUAAAAUACAUGCUUCAAUUUCUAAAGGAGAUCGAAGUAAUCAGUGCCCUUCUGGGUUUGCCCUAGUGGGACCCUUUUGUGCUGAUGAAGAUGAAUGUGCAGAGCGGAGUCCCUGCUCACACAUCUGCCACAAUGCCAUGGGAACCUAUUAUUGCUCCUGUCCUAAAGGCCUCACUAUAGCAGUGGAUGGAAGAACUUGUCAAGAUAUUGAUGAGUGUGCUUUGGGUGGGCAUGCCUGUCACGUGGGUCAGGAUUGUGACAAUACCAUUGGAUCCUAUCGCUGUGUGGUCCAUUGUGGAAUUGGCUUUCGGAGAACUGCUGACGGGCUGAGUUGUCAAGAUGUUAAUGAAUGUCAGGAAUCCAACCCCUGUCAUCAACGUUGUUCUAAUACUAUAGGAAGUUUCCAUUGUGGGUGUGAACCUGGAUAUCAACUCAAGGGCAGAAAAUGCAUAGAUGUGAAUGAAUGUAGACAGAAUGUGUGCAGACCAGAUCAGCACUGCAAGAAUACCCGGGGUGGCUAUAAGUGCAUUGAUCUUUGUCCCAACGGAAUGACCAAGGCAGAAAAUGGAACCUGCAUUGAUAUUGAUGAAUGCAAAGAUGGGACUCAUCAAUGCAGAUAUAACCAGAUUUGUGAAAAUACAAGAGGCAGCUAUCGUUGUGUGUGUCCAAGAGGUUAUCGGUCUCAAGGAGUUGGAAGACCCUGUAUGGACAUUAAUGAGUGUGAACAAGUGCCUAAACCUUGUGCACAUCAGUGCUCCAACACCCCUGGCAGCUUCAAGUGUAUCUGUCCCCCAGGACAACAUUUAUUAGGGGACGGGAAAUCUUGCGCUGGAUUGGAGAGGCUGCCCAAUCAUGGCACUCAGUACAGUAGCUAUAACCUUGCACGGUUCUCCCCUGUGAGAAACAACUAUCAACCUCAACAGCAUUACAGACAGUACUCACAUCUCUACAGCUCCUUCUCAGAGUAUAGAAACAGCAGGACAUCUUUCUCCAGGACUAGAAGGACUAUUAGGAUAACUUGCCCUGAAGGCUCUGAGGCAAACCUUGACACAUGUGUAGAUAUUGAUGAAUGUGAAAACAGAGACGCCUGUCAACAUGAAUGUAAAAAUACCUUUGGAAGUUACCAGUGCAGCUGCCCUCUGGGUUAUCAACUCAUGCUGAACGGAAAGACAUGUCAAGAUGUUGAUGAGUGUUUGGAGCAGAAUGUACGCUGUGGACCAAAUCGUAUGUGCUUCAACAUGAGAGGAAGCUUCCAGUGCAUUGAUACACCCUGUCCACCCAAUUACCAACGAGAUCCUGUUUCAGGGUUCUGCCUCAAGAAUUGUCCACCCAAUGAUUUGGAAUGUGCCUUGAGCCCAUAUGCUUUGGAAUACAAACUUGUCUCCCUCCCAUUUGGAAUAGCUGCCAAUCAAGAUUUAAUCCGGCUGGUUGCAUACACGCAGGAUGGAGUGAUGCAUCCCAGGACAACGUUCCUCAUGGUAGAUGAGGAACAGACUGUUCCUUUCGCCUUAAGGGAUGAAAACCUGAAAGGAGUGGUGUAUACAACGAGACCACUACGAGAACCAGAGACCUACCGCAUGAGGGUCCGAGCCUUAUCCUACAGUGCCAAUGGGACCAUUGAAUAUCAGACCACAUUCAUAGUUUAUAUAGCUGUGUCUGCCUAUCCAUACUAAGAAGCUCUCAAACCCUAAUCCACGUAUUUAAACUGUAUUAAUCAUGGGAAUCAAGUCCUUUUACCGAUUACUUUCUCCUGAACAGUUGCAAUUGUGGCAACUUGGCAAUGGUGCUAAACUCUGUUUUGCAUGCCUUCCUGGGUCUAAUGAGGUAUUGUCAUUGUCCCAACAUGAUCUUGUUUUUUUCAUAAGGUCUAGAAAACUCCCUUAUUACUUCUUUAUUUAUUACACUGGAGCAGUUACUUUCCAAAGAUUGCCCUGAACAUCUAAUAAGACACAUCAGCAAUAUUUUAUAGAAGCAAAGUAGCUAAGAUUCUUUUCCUUAACAAAACAGAAACAACCAAGUCAAAGCCAAGUGGAUUUCUGAGCAUUUGACCAUUUUUAGAUGAACAAACCUGGUUGUUAUGUGUUUUGAUCAAAGCUUAUGAAAUAACAUAUAAAGAUGCUUUUUUAAACAUAUUGAUGCUUUCUAAUAGGAUUUAUAUACAUGCUUUCAUUUAACAGAUAAAGAGGAAACACC